GGAAAAACGAUCUUAAAAUGCGUUCAUUUUUACCUGCAGUGGCCGAGCAGCUUUUCCGAGAUAUUGAAAACACACACCAGGAAACGUCCCAAAUUCCUGAUGACCUGCUCAUUGCGCUGAAGUUUGUCUUCGGGCCUUGCGCUCUGCAGGCUUUGGACCUUGUGGACCAGCAUUCGGUCACUUGUCUGUCUUCACCCAGCGGACGCAAAGCGUUCCAGGUGAUUGGAGGCUCGGGCCGCUUGUACACUUGCUUUGUGUCCUGUCACUACUGCCCGUGCCCGGCCUUCGCCUACACCGUGCUGCGCAGGAACGAGGGCCUCCUGUGCAAACACAUCCUGGCCGUCUACCUGUGUCGGGCCACGGGGGGGACUCGGCAGGAGAGCGUGUCCGAUCAGGAGAUGUCCACGCUGCUCAGCGGGACGGCCGCCCUGUGACUCCCAGGUCUGUUCAGGGCGGACCGGCACGUCCUCGCGGGCCCUCUUGGACCUGAGAGACGAUGUUUUGUACACUUUGGGUCACCGCGGACAGCACCGGAGCACAGGAACACCACCGCGGUUUCUGCCCUUUUCAUUCGUCUCCAUGAAAGACACCAGCUGUUGCUUUUAUUUAUUCUUUUCUUUUUGGAUGGGUUCUCCAUCGGUUUCCGGGGAAACGGCACAGCUGUUCAUUGAGUAUGUGCGGCGCUAUAUUUAGGUUAUUCUUUUCUACCAGAAGGCAUCAAUUAGGGAAGUGUAGUGAGCGACUUCAGAAGCAUUUGAAUGUUCGUGUUUCCGAGGUGUCGCAUGUAGAAAUAAAUCGUCAUGCGCUAUAAAGUUGUAAUUAAGGAAUACAGACUGAUCUGUGACAAUAUAAACAUUGCCUUUUAUCAACAAAAUAAGUCACCAUACAUACAGCUUGCAUCAUGUUAAAUAGCAGUAUCGGGUCGCGGUUGCACUUUAGACAGAACGGCCUCCAGAAAGGUUCCUCGACACUGUAGCAUAUGACAGACUGAUGGUGCUUCGGAAUGAAAGGCAGGAAUGUUGCACCAGGUCAACUCAUUGUCCAGCUCACCUUUUUCAAAUCACAAAAGAAGGCAAUCGUUUGACAUCAAUCAAUAGCUUGUAGAAAGUUGGACACCUACAGUAUGUAUUUGUACACAUCAAUAAACAAAGACAUUGACACGACAGUACAGCGCAGUUACAGUAUAGAUGUCUCCGUUGGAAUGGACUGAAGCUGUGGCACACUCCUGUGUUUAGCCCUUGGAGUUCGUUAGAUGUGGGGCCAAUUUAUUCCGUUGUAUAAGCUCACCAGGACCGUUCACAAUAAUGCCGAUGAAAAAAGAAAGAGACAAAGCACAGCUUUAAGAUUUGACACGGGGGGGACAUUUCAUCAUUGUUACCCGAUUCAAAAUGGUAUUAUUUUAUUUGGGCUUCAGCUGGACAUUCUUCUAAAGAGUAAAGCGAAUGGAGUCCUUAGUGUAACGUGUUGGAAGCUUCUUCCUUUCAACAGGAGCGUCUUCUCAAAGGAAAGCGCUUCUUUGAGCUCAGGCGGUGACCUCGGCAGCUUGUUGGAGGACCAGAUGAGAGCCUCGGGGUCCCAGCUGUGUCAGAGGGGGUGGUGUUAUGGUGCUUUAUGCGAUGUAAGCCAUGAAAUACAUGUGUACCAGCAGCUUGGGUGAGGAGGGGGAAAAACAUAAAUUGCAUUGAUUUUGAAGUAUCAAAUUUGCCAAAAAAA